CCGUUAAACCUCAUCGAAGAAGAACGUCCAUGUUUACAUCACUUGACCGGAAAUUUAAUAAGAUAACGUUAGGUGAAAUUUUGACUGGAAAAUUUAAGUGACUGUAAUUUUGGUCAUUUUUCAAGGGUAUCGUCUGUUUUUAGAUUGAGUUGAAUGUUUUAUUUAUUUCGCCUUACAGAUCGCUUUGUAUCAUAUUUAUUCCAAAUAAUUUAGUUAUUGCUUUCUUUUUUCAUCAGCCACAUGGGUUUCGCUGUUCUGAGUUGUAAGUUGUGUUAGCUAAGCUAGCUAGCCAAAUGUCGAAGCCUGUGUUAUUGUCGGUUUACCAAAUAUUUAAAAAAUGUUUUCAAAGCUUGGAGAACAAUCAGAAAGUAUGGAAUUCAGUUUUGGCUGAGUGCAAGCCUUUAAUGGUUACACUUGGAAACCUCGAAGAGCAGUUGAGGGCGUUUCAAAAGGUCAAAAUCGCCAACACCCCGCUUCACACCUUUCCUGAUCUGCACAAGCGUCUUCACUUCAAGCUCCUACAGGCAGUGGACAUAGUUUUGGGUAAACUCACGGACAAAAUGUAAGAUAAAUGGUAGCUGACUCCAUAAACUCAUGAAAAUAGUGCAGAGAGAGCUUGAACACAUUUUGAAACCACAAAGGACCCUCUUAUUUCUUACAGGUGUUCUCUUCAGUCUGUGCGAGAUGCUAUCAGUAAUCAGGUGUCUGGUGCGUUCCAGUUGUAUGAGCAGAAUAUAGACACCCUUGACCUAGCUACCUGCACCCAGAGAUCUGCAGUCGCUCCAUCCAUCGCUGACAUGUUGGAGUGGCUUCAGGAUGCGGAGCGUUACUAUCGUCGACAGUAUCCUUUCUGUGUCACUGCGUUACUGUACCAUUACUAGGGGUGCGUAAUACAUUCUCAUUGUGAGUGGGCAUGCCUCUCGACUGCAUACUACUGAGGAAGGCUUGAUGCUGAAACACAUCAAUUCAGAGUGUGGCAUUAUACAUCUUGAAAUCUACCAUUUGGUAAAGGUUGUCCUAUUGUUGAUUUGUGUGAGAAAGAUAGUUUUCCUCAUCUACAUGCACAGGUUUCUGAGAAGAAAGAACUUGCUGCUGACACUGAGGGCUGAUGACCUCUCCCUUCUGGAAACUGCUCCCAAGAGAUGGGAGUCCCUGGAAACACCCAGUGGAGAGGAGAGCAUAUCAGGUAAACCUAUCAAUGGUACUCUAUUUUCUGUAUAUACUGUGCUUUCAGAAAGUAUUCACAUCCCUUAACUUUUUCUACAUUUUGUUGUGUUACAAAGUGGGAUAAAAAUUGAUGUAAUUGUCAUUUUUUGUCAACGGUCUACACAAAAUACUCUGUCAAAGACAGAAACAAAAAUGUACUUUAUGGAAAAUGAAACACUAAUAUAUCUUGAUUAGAUAAGUAUUCAACCCCCUGAGUCAAUACAUGUUAGAAUCAUGUUAGAAUCAUCUUUGGCAGAGAUUACAGAUGAGUCUUUCUGGGUAAGUCACACCUGGAUUGUUAACAUUUUGCCCAUUAUUCUUAAAAAAAUGUCAAGGUCUGUCAUGUUGGUUGUUGAUCAAGCCAUUUACAAGUCUUGCAAUAGAUUUUCAAGCCAAUUUAAGUCAAAUCUGUACCUAGGCCACUCAGGAACAUUCAAUGUCGUCUUGGUAAGCAACUCCAGUGUAUAUUUGGCCUUGUAUUUUAAGUAAUUGUCCUGCUGAAAGGGGAAUUUGUCUCCCAGUGUCUGUUGGAAAACAGACUGAACCAAAUUUUCCUCUAGGAUUUUGCCUGUGCUUAGCUCUAUUUCGUUUUAUCCUAAAAAACUCCCUAGUCCUUGCUGAUGACAAGCAUAUCAUAACAUGAUGCAGCCACCAUCAUGCCUGAAAAUAUGGAGAGUGGUACUCAGUGAUGUUGUGUUGGAUUUGCCCCAAACAUAACGCUUUGUCCCAAACAUAACGCUUUUUGUCUUUAGUGCCUUAUUGCAAACAGGAUGCAUGUUUUGGGAUAUUUUUAUUCUGUACAGGCUUCCUUCUUUUCACUCUGUCAUUUAUUUUAGUAUUGUGGAGUAACUACAAUGUUGUUGAUCCAUCCUCAGUUAUCCCCUAUCACAGCCAUUCAAUUCUGUAACUGUUUUAAAAUCACCAUUGGCCUCAUAGUGAAAUCCCUGAGUGGUUUCCUUCCUCUCCGGCAACUGAGUUAGGAAGGACGCCUGUAUCUUUGUAGAGACUGGGUGUAUUGAUGCACCAUCCAAAGUGUAGUUAAUAACUGCACCAUGCUCAAAGGGAUAUUCAGUGUCUGUUUGCCCUUUGCGAGGCAUUGGAAAAGCUCCCUGGUCUUUGUAGUUGAAUCUGUGUUUGAAAUUCACUUCUCGACUGAGGGACCUUACAUAUGUGUGGGGUACAGAGAUGGUGUAGUCAUCUAAAAAUCAGAUUAAACACUAUUAUUGCACACAGUCCAUGCAACUUAUUAUGGGACUUGUUAAGCACAUUUUUACCCUGAAGUUAUUUAGGCGUGCCAUCACCAAAGGGUUGAAUACUUAUUGACGCAAGACAUUUCAGGUUUUCAUUUUUCAUUAAUUUGUAAACAUUUCUAAAAUCAUAAUUCCACUUUGUCAUUAUUGGGUAUUGUGUGACACAACAUCUCAGUUUAAUCCAUUUUAAAUUCACACUGUAACACAACAAAAUGUGGAAAAAGUCAAAGGGUGUAAAUACUUUCUGAAGGCACUGUUAUUACCCUCACCGAAUGUAAUGAACUAAUGUAGUUAUUCUGCAUCCUCUUUCAGAUACACUGUUUAAAGUGUCCUUUUUCAUUGAGUCCCAGUGAAAGAGAACUACAAGAUGUUUGCAAGAGGACUACCCGGUGGAUGUGAUUAUCUACUUUCAGAUGGUCUACAAUAACAAGACUCAGUAAAGGGUUGAAGAGUAAAGGAACAGACUGGGUUCAGGUUGACCUUGACUUGGAUGUGUCAGCCCUGAUAGGUGCAGAGCACCUGACUGGACUGGAUGUGAACAAAGGAGAGGAAUGAACAAGGCAGAGGACCAUGAGGUGGACAUAGCAUGUCAGAAUUGUCACAGAGCUCAGUUACAACAGCAAAGACCUGAGCUAGAAUACUAUCACUGUUGACUUCUAAGCUAAAAAUGUAUUGUGAAAAAACAGUUAAAAUGUCAUGGAGUAUAAUAUGAAAAAUAAUAAAUAGAAAACUUUGUUACACCUCUCUUGCUCCAACUAUCUGGUUUAUUCAGGAUGGCUGCCUUCUCCCCUUUCCUCAGCUCGAACGGUUGGCCCUUGCUAACCUGAAAGAUCAAAUUAAUUUGACAGGAACUCCAAUAGCCUAUAGGGGGGCUAGAUUGAGCCAUCACUGCAACAGGAACACGUUUUCUGUAUGGAGUUGUGCACAGCUGAACAUUUAGCACAGAUAUGAGGCCCUCAAUAUGAGGCCCUCAACACAUCAGUUUGUCAUGAACUAAACAUAUGUAUUAAAAUACCC